GAUUCCUCUAACACUAAACUCGCAGCACUUUCCUACCAUAUUCUCGUUUCAUUUGCUCUCAUCCCAACUUCUUCCCUCCAUUGUCUUAGCUCAAUCCUUGUUUUCGUAGAACAACAACGAAGAAAUUGAGAAAAAACAAUGUCGUCCUUUGUUAUUGAAGAAACCAAGAAGCUAUGGGCCACAUGGAACAUCAGGGUAUUCGUGAUUGUCAGCCUUUCGGUGCAGGUCUUCUUAAUUCUGUUUGCGCCAUAUAGAAAAAGGAGAGGUAAGAUAUAUGGGAAAUGUGUCGACUUGUUGAUCUGGUCGAUUUACUUGUUGGCUGAUUGGGUUGCCGGUUUUUCAAUUGGAUUGAUCGUAAGCAAGCAAAUCAAAAGUCCAACUGAAAGUAGUGACAUCCAGGUCUUUUGGGCACCCUUUCUCCUAUUGCACCUCGGUGGUCCUGACACCAUUACUUCCUUCGCUCUCGAAGAUAAUGAGUUUUGGGUGAGGCACUUGCUUGGGCUCUUGUUGCAGGUUGGUUCUACUGCCUACGUCUUCAUUAAGUCCCUUCCAGAGAACAAGCUUUGGCUCCCAACCAUACUGGUGACAGUGGCAGGAAUAAUCAAAUACGCUGAACGUAACCGUGCAUUUUAUCUUGCAAGCUUUGAUCAUCUUGGAGAUGGCUGGGCGCCUAGUGAAUGGGGAGAUGAACUUCCGAUUCCAGUGGAACUCCAAAAGAUGGAUGCCAAAACCAUGGAAAAAUUUGAGAAGAGUCUCAAGUCAAUAUUAUGGACAGCAGUUCACCACUUUGGCACUAUCAAGAUGACACUUGUAGGCCCUUUUUUAUCUCCAGAUCAAUGCUCUGAUAUCAGGGAAACCUUUCUCCAAUUAGAAAAUUCAUCUCACGUGUUGCAAGCAAUGGAAAUUGAGGUAAGCCUGUUGUAUGAGGUUCUUCACACCAAGUUGCCUGUGUUUGACAUCUGGCUAACCUAUGGGUUGCUAAUCGGGGCCUUGCUAUUGGAAUUCAUGUCUGUCAUAUUGCUCAGUUUAUCUGAUUGGAUUUUGGUUGCUCACAUCCAGAGUAUGGAGUCCAAAUUCUUCAAUAAGCGCAGGUGGUGUAGAGCAGUUUCGCAGUUGAAUUUUAUUACUUACUAUGUUAAAUAUUCCCCGGUCUUGUUAAGAGACAUUGCUAAUUAUCUUGGCAUACGGAUUUUAUUGGAAGCCAUAAAAGGAAUCCUAUGUCUCUCUUCUCAAAAUUUCAGAGAAGACCAAUGGCACUUCAUUUAUGAGGAAGUGAAAAAAUUGAGCACAUCCUUAAUGGAAGAUGCAUCUCGGCCAACUGGGCUAGAGGCCAAUCAAGCUUGGAAAUCCAAUAGGAAACGGGCUCUUGAGAGCUUUAGCAAUUCUACGGACAUCGCCAAUAUCUUGGAGGAGUUAGAUUACUCGAAAAGUGUAUUAACAUGGCAUAUAGCUACUGAAAUAUGCUGGCUGCAGCAGGAACCGGACCAACCGCAUGGCUCUAGGACUGAAGAAGGCCAAACGUCUACCUCUAACGGCUUCAAUCACAAAGAAAUAUGCAAGCUGCUUUCAGACUAUAUGUUUUACCUUUUAAUAAUGCAUCCAACUAUGAUGGCAGCUGUCUCAGUGAGUUGGAAAAUAGUGUUUGAAGACACAUUGGCAGAGGCAGAGUCAUUGGUAAGCAGGAGGUCAAUCUCAUCAAAUGAAAAGGAUGUCAAAAGGCAAAUAUCAAAGGCUAGCAAAAAAAUCCUUGAACUGAUACCAAAUGCCAGAAACCCACAAAGGGAUAUUGAUAGAUCAGUGUUAUUUGCAGCCUCUGCGCUAGCCAAACAGUUGAAGAAAUCAUAUCCUUGGGAGUCAAUGAGCCUAGUUUGGGUACAUUUAAUGUGCUUUGCUGCUAUUAAUUGCAGGCCUCAGGUCCAUGCGCAGCAACCUAGUAAGGGAGGCGAACUUCUCACAUUUGUUUGGUUGUUAAUGAAUCAUUUGGGAGUCGGGACUCACUUUUCUAGUCAUUACUAAGAUUAGUGACUUUGAUGCUAAGUUUGAUUAGUUACUAUACGUCUUUAGUUAUUUUUCUCUAAAAGAGUGUUCUUGUUGCUUAUGGUCUUAUCUCUUAUAUAUGUAAUUGGGAUGUAUUUUCAAUAUGUUUGGGUCUGUUUUGUAUCUCUCAAGUUGAAUUUGAAUGGAAUUCCAGUUGUUGUUGUU